AUCUUAUCCGUCCGCAAUCGAUUAAUGAGUUUUGAUUGUUAUUAUUACGUAUAAAUUGUCGGGUGUUUAAUAAAUUUUACACUUCGAUCAUCGCCAGAAAUGAAGGUCACGCUAAUUGCUUUAUUCGCUGUGUGCUUUGCGGCGGCAGAAGCCGUUCCACAAGCUAGAAUAUCCGGCGGUUCAUUGGCAACCAUCAACCAGUACCCUACUAUUGCCUGCCUGCUGACAAACAGGGACACUGCCGGCCAUUUCAGACAAAACUGCGGCGGCACUAUCCUCAAUCAACGACACAUUUUGACAGCAGCUCACUGCCUUGAACGAGACCAUCCUGCCCAAUGGAGGGCCCGUUUGGGAUCUUCUUUCGCGACCAGCGGAGGCGUGUUGUACAACAUUGCCGCCUUCAACCUACAUCCCAACUACAAUCCACGUACAUUUGACAGUGACAUUGCUAUAAUGAGAACAAGUAAUUCCAUUUCAUACACUAACGUGAUCCAGCCGGCCCUGAUCGCUGGAGCUAACUACAACGUUCGAGACAACGAGCGGGUGUGGGCUGCUGGAUGGGGCCGUAUUUUCCAUAAUGGUCCGAACUCUGAACAGCUACGCCACGUUCACCUAGAAGUGAUCAACCAAAAUGUUUGCAACCAAAGGUACGGAAGUUUCGCUAUCACCAACAACAUGCUGUGCGCAGGCGUGAACGACAAUAGCAACCGCGGCCAGUGUCAGAUGGACUCUGGCAGUCCUCUCUACCACAACAACAUAGUCGUCGGCGUCUGCUCCUUCGGAAUGGUAUGCGGUGAUCCUUUUCACCCCAGUGUCAACGUACGCGUUCCCCGCUUCACUGCCUGGAUACAAAGAAAUUCUUAAAGAACUUCUGUUUUUUACCACCAACUUAUUUAUUGACAAAGCGUCGUGUAAAUUUAUUCAAUUAUUUAGACAAAAAAUAACACUCACUGAAAUAAAGUAAAAAAUAACUAACACGCGAUUAGGUUUUUUUUUGUUUGGUACCUAGCAAAUAUUGUAAUUUUAUGUGUGUACUACAUAUAAGUUGUUUUUACAUAAUUUAGCUGGCAGAUCUUGUAUGACGCGUUGGUUUUCACUUGUUUGUUUUAUCAUUUAAGACCGACUCCAAAGAUUUAUUCAUUGUUACAUAAAUAUAAUAAAACGAAUGGCGGUGUAUA